GCGGGCCGGACUUCUGCCAGCCUCAGGAUGGCCUUGGCUGUCCGUGCUGCAGCUGUGAGGCUGAGAGCAUAAAAGUUUCCCGGGGGAAGGCCAGGGGCAAGGUUUCCCCUGUCCCAAGCAGAUCUGGAUGGGGGGACCUUGUCAUUAUGGAGGGGGUACUAUACAAAUGGACCAACUAUCUAAGCGGCUGGCAACCCCGGUGGUUCCUUCUUGCAGGAGGUGUGUUAUCCUAUUAUGACUCACGGGAAGAUGCUUGGAAAGGCUGUAAGGGGAGCAUUCAGAUGGCAGUUUGUGAAAUUCAAGUUCAUUCUACAGAUAAUACACGCAUGGAUUUGAUGAUUCCUGGAGAACAGUGUUUUUAUCUCAAAGCUAAAGAUACAGCUGAAAGACAAAAAUGGUUGGUUGCCCUGGGAACUGCCAAGGCUUGUUUGACAGAUAUUCGGACAUUAAAAGAAAAAGAAUUUACAGAAAACACUGAAAUGUUGAAAACAAAAAUGGCAGAACUUAGAUUAUAUUGUGACCUCCUGGUUCAGCAAGUGGAAAAAAUUAAAGCAACUACUACAACUUCACAUGUUCAGCAUGGAAUUAAUAUGGGAGCACUAUUGAACUCCAGUUGUGCCACAUUCCUGAAGACUCUUGAAGAAUGUAUGCAGAUUGCAAAUGCUGCCUUUUCUUCUGAAUUGCUUCAACAUACUCCAGGAGAAACUUCAUAUUCAGUUAUUCGCAAAUUAAACAAGCUGAAACUUCCUGCCAUACUUAGCCGCAGUGUAACAGAAAGGAAGAUGGAACUAAAGCAAUAUGAAAAUGGGUCUAUUUAUAAAAAUACUACCCUUCAUGAAAAAACUUUUAUUGAAAAAUCAUCCCCUGUACCCCUAAAGAGAAGCGAAAGGAAAGGUAGCCCCAGUAAAGAUGGAGAAAACAAGCUGCUACCACAAGGGAACAUUCAAGAUGACAAACCUUUAGAGCCUUUAGAAGAACCUGUAAACAGAUCAGCAGACACAGAUCUUCCUACUUUCUUCAGUGCUAUGAAAUAUAGAUUUAAUGAUAUCAAGCUUUUUGACGAUGGGGGAAUACCAACAGAAGAAUUUCUGAAUUCCUGUUAUGAAAUAGUUCCAGUCUUGGACAAACUUGGACCCACAGUCUUUGCCCCUGUUAAAAUGGAUUUUGAAGGAAAUAUAAAGAAAAUAAAUCAGAAAUAUAUAACCAACAAAGAGGAUUUCUGUACCCUUCAAAAAAUUGUCCUUCAUGAUUUGAGCACUGAAGUGGCGCAAAUUCGACACUCUGCUACACAGGCCCUCCUCUGGCUAAAAAGAGGUUUAAAAUUUUUGAAGGAGUUCUUGACAGAACUAAAGAACGGAGAGAAAAACAUCCAAACAGCACUGAACAAAUCUUAUAGCAAAACAUUACGACAGUAUCAUGGCUGGGUUGUUCGAGGAGUUUUUGCGCUAGCUCUAAGAGCAUCUCCCACCUAUGCAGGCUUUGUGGCUGCAUUGUCGCUUGCAGAAUGUGAAAAUCAAGAAGAAGCUUUUUAUCAUGGAAUUCAGCGGGACCUUAAUAUUUACCUACCAGCCAUGGAAAAGCAGCUCAACAUCUUGGAUGCAUUGUAUGAAGAACAUGGACUAGAGUCAGAUGAAGUGGUCUGACCUCAGCUCAACUUUGUUUUCAAUAUUCAGGGAUUCUGUCCAUCAGUGUACUAUGUUGCUCUUUUCCUCAGAAAGCUGUAUCUGUUUGUUUGUUUUUCCAUACAGGGAAAGAAUUCCAUGCUGCUUCUUUUUUUUAAUAUACAGUUUUAAAAAAAAAUACUUGUUUUGUGUUUAAAUGCAAAGUUGCUGUAUAAUCUAGCUGGGUUCCGCCUAUCUUUAUGGCAAGAUCCUUAGAAUAGAGAUAUAUUGUUUAUUUAAUGAAUAACAGGCUAAAUAUGGCAGUGGUUCCAGUCUGAGGAGUUUAGUACCAUUUGGUUGGACAUUUAAAACUUGCUGAAGCAUUUAUUCCAACACAGUGAUAUAUACCUGCAACUGUAAAACUCAGCCAAUUCACAUUAGAGUCUGUCUUGCAAAGGAUUUAUAUCACAACUACAUCUUUGCUCUCCCUUCUUUUGCCAAGUUCAUCAUUGAAUUUUGAAACUAUUCGCUGUAUCUAUUAAGGGAGCUAUAGCAAUGAACCAACUCUAUUCUACUUAACAGGUAUGAUACACUCUUAAUAGAAUUUAUUUCUUCUGACCUGGAGUUGUGGUUUCAUGAUAGCCCAGAAAUACCAGGAAAAAAGAGGGUUAAUUCUGCUCUGUGCCAUAAUUGGAUUUAGUCCUUUCUAGUGCUAAUAACCAAAUGCCCUUGGAUUCUAGGACUGGAAGUAUAUACCUAAUAUCAUAUAGUGCAAAAGUGUCUCAAACUGAUAUGCUCUGGAUUGGGCAGAAUUUUGAAAACCUUAUCAUUGCUAUUCCUACACUAUUCAUAUUAAAAGCCUACAUUUUAUGGUUGGUCUAGCACUAUCAGAUCUGGCUAAAUUUAGAACAAAAUGAGAUAAAUAGUCCAUAAUAAUGGGAAACCUUUAACAUUCUGUAUAGUAUUUUUAGAGUAUUUUUUAGGUUUUAAAUUAUUAGGAACUAUUAAUUAGAAAUUUCAAAGAAAACUUGAAGUUCUAGGAUUAGAAAACUAAGUUGAUAUCUGGAUAUAGCUACCUGAUGAUCUACCUGGGUAAUAAAUUGCUAGUCUAUAAAAUUUGAAACAUUCUAUAAUUAACUAAGCACAAAUGCUGUCAUUUAUACAUGCCUGCAUUUAUGUCAAUAGAAUGAUUGUAGAAAAUUGUAUUUUGCCAUCUUAAUCAAAUGCAAUGAUUGGAUAACUCAGGAAAUCCAGAAACUUUAUGUAUUGUUUCUCUUUUUUUAAGCAUUUAUAUUUUGCUUUUAUAUUCAAUAUACAAACAAUGAGUUUGGAAUUCAUUAUAGAAACACUUAGCCAAUGGUCUUAUCAUGUUAUUUUGUGAGCAAUUGGUACAUGAAAUAUGUUUUUUCCAUCACACAUUUAUAUGCCCAUGCUUUUUUUAGAAAUAGUUUCUUUUUGAAGUCAUAAGGCCAUAUUAAAAAAGAAAAAAGGAAGUAGAUUUUUCUGUAUUGAAUAUACAUUACUGAAUUUUGAGGCACUUUAUAAAUACUUUUGUUAAUAUUCUAACUUGGAGAAAUUUCCUGCUCAUAAAUAUUCCUUCAAAAAUAAUACUUUUGUUUCAGGAGAAAAACAAAACAAAAAAUGAAAUUAUUUUCCAACUUUUGUAAUAUAGACGAUUAGCAGUAUUUCAAGCUGAGGCUUGGGAAUAUCUUUUAAUUUUCUUUUCUUUUUCUCACCAAGUGAAAUCCAAAGAGAAGAACUGACUGGUUACUUUGUUUACGUCACUACUUGCAACCAAACUAAGUAAGGAAAUUAAUAAUAUAACUUGGGUGGAGCUUCAAGAUGGAGAAAAAGGACUAAUGUCAAGUCCUUAACUUUCAGUGGCCAGAAUAGGUAUCUGAAAAUAGGUUUCUUUAUUCCCCUUCCAGCUUGUUUCCCCCAGCCCUCAGACUUUGGGGCAUGAAAAUAAAUUAGUUUAGGGAUUGUCUUACAUAAGACUUUUGGGGUGGGGGGAUUCAUCGGAUUUUCAACACACAUCCAGAGUUGUCCCAUAUUUGCUUCUUCUGUAAGACCACCACUAAUGGGAGAUCUACAAAUUUGGAGCAAAACUGGUUUGUAGAAAUCCAUCAGCAUAAGUGCCAUCAUACCAGAGGGGGUUCUCUCUCUUCUAUUAGAAUGGCUUCUGGACACUUUUGAGGCUUUCUCAUUUAGGACAACACCAGAGCAUAUUUGUGCAGAAUUAAUAAUAAUAAUAAUAA